CGAAUUGGUGCCAAACAAAAAGUUUCACGUCUUUUAAAAACACAAAAACAUUGCCUUUUAAUAGUUGUCCACAAAAAUCAUGUUAUAUUUGAUUGGUUUGGGUUUAGGCGAUGCCAAAGACAUCACUGUUAAGGGUCUCGAAAUUGUCCGCAAAGCCAAACACGUGUUUCUCGAGGCCUACACUUCCAUACUAUCGGUUCCCAAAGAAACUCUUGAAGAGUUUUACGGCAGAGAAGUAGUGAUCGCUGACAGAGAUUUUGUGGAACAGUCUUCCGAUGAUAUACUGACCGAUGCUAUCGAUAAUGAUGUGGCCUUUCUUGUGGUCGGAGACCCUCUCGGAGCGACAACUCAUACAGACCUGAUCCUAAGGGCGCACCAGAAGGGGGUUCGACACCGACUGAUACACAACGCGUCGAUUAUCAACGCUUGCGGUGCUUCUGGUCUUCAGUUGUAUAACUUCGGGGAAAUCGUUUCGAUUCCCUUUUGGACCGACAGUUGGAAACCAAACAGUUUUUUCGAUAAAAUCUGCUCUAAUCUAAAGUCCGGUUUACACACACUCUGUCUCUUAGGUUAG